AUGGCUAACAUAUUAUUCAGUUUCAUGUCUUUCAUGGAUGUUGCCAACUUUGAACCGCUGGUGCCAUCGCCUUUAAGCAGAGAAGAGAGGGAGAAAUUCUUCGCUUUCACAGAUGGGUCGGACGGUUACCCGCCCCAUCUCAAUCUUGCUGGAAAUGUGCCAGCUGCAGAAGCGGAGAAAAACAAAACGGAGAAAUCAACACUUCAGCCAGCUGAUUUGUUUAGCAAAAUGCGUCUACUUCAGUUGAGCUCGCUCUUACCCGCCGUUGUGCCUAACAAAUUCAUAAGAGGAGCCGCCAAGACAGUGGCAUGGGCUUGGUUUGGCUCUAUGGGCACGCCUGACGCAGGUACCAAACUCGAAGACGUGGAGUGGUAUAACAGGAAAGCUCGUGGACAGUCACAUCGCGAAGAUAUCUUUGAUCUCCCCAACGUGGGCGACUUGCUAGAUUGGUACAGCGAUAACCGAUUCUGUCAGCAGCAGUUCACGGGGACAAAUCCCACGACGAUUGAACUAGCUUCGGAUCGCUGGAUAAAGCACUUUAUUGACAGUGCAAAGGCACUAGAAGAUACAGGGGCUAAAAUAGUCAUCACCGAUCUCAAUAGCGACUCCCGAGAGUCUUUGUAUAUGCAGGACUACAGCUACUUUCGCGAGGCUGCUGGUGUGGAUCCAACUGAUCUCAUCAAGUGUGCGUAUGAUGAGCCAGAUGAAAAGGACAAAGGCAGAAAAGGCGUUCGGUUUGGCUGUGCAUCUGUCUGUCUUUUUUAUCUCAACGAAAAGGGUCAAAUUUACCCUCUGGCUAUUGUUAUUGACUGGCGGGGCAGUCCCGAGCAAUCCGUGACGAUCUACAACCGGGAAUUGUUCAAGCGGACGGAUAUUCGGUCAGGGACCAACAAGGAAAACCCUAAAGAGAAAGUGAUUGACGAAGCUCAUGACUGGCCUUGGAGAUAUGGUAAAGGUCCCGAAUAUCACACUAUUGAGGCAAUGAGCUGA